AAAUCAAGGAAAGUACACCUCGACAAUCAGUUAUAGUUAUAUUUCUAGUGAAAGAAGAUGAGGUCCGUGACGUGUCUUGUCGUUUUAGCAACUCUUUGCACUUCUGCAUUCUCUCAGGAGAAUUUUAAAUGUCCGGAUGAUUUCGGUUUCUACCCACAUCACACAUCCUGCGACAAAUAUUGGAAGUGCGAUAAUAACGCCGCGGAAUUAAAAACUUGUGGAAAUGGUUUGGCAUUCGAUGCAAGUGAUCCAAAAUAUUUAACAGAAAAUUGCGACUACAUCCACAAUGUUGAUUGUGGUGACAGAACACAAUUGGAACCGGCCAUUUCUACGCCGCAUUGCGAACGACUUUAUGGCAUUUUCGCCGAUGAUAAAAAAUGUGAUGUUUUCUGGAAUUGUUGGAAUGGAGAAGCUUCCAGGUAUCAAUGUUCACCUGGAUUAGCUUAUGACAGAGAAGCUCGUGUUUGUAUGUGGGCCGAUCAAGUACCAGAAUGUAAAAACGAAGAAGUAGCUGGAGGUUUCUCUUGCCCAGCCCCUGGCGAAGUAAGCAACUCUGGAUCAUUCUCCCGCCACGCCCAUCCAGAUGAUUGCCGUAAAUACUACAUUUGUUUGGAAGGAGUAGCCAGAGAAUACGGAUGUCCAAUUGGUACAGUUUUCAAAAUCGGUGAUGCCGAAGGAACCGGUAACUGUGAAGAUCCAGAAGAUGUACCCGGAUGUGAGGAUUAUUACGGGGACUUAGACUUGAAGAGUAUAAGAAAGAGUGAGCUGUUGGCUGGACUGCAGAGCAGUUCAUCGAAAGGCAAUGGAGCGCCGAAAACGGGAAAACCAAGGCCAGCCCCAGCGGCACGUAGCGGCGGAGAUGCGUCAAACUAAAAAUGUCUACCUCACCACCUAAUCCCCAACUUUCCCUCCCAAAAUCCCCCCCAACUAAAUUUAAAAAAGAAAAUUAAUCCCGGAAAAUGAAUUAUUAGCGACACGUAAUACCCUUACAAUUAAUUUGUAGUAAUUAUUAUUUUAUUAGAUUCUUUCCCCCAUUUUCACUCUUAAUACAGGGUGUUGCGUGUCGCUUUUAAUGCGAAAACACACUGUAUUAUUUAAUUUUUUUUUUGAAUUUUUGUGAGUGUAAAUUUGUCGAUGCGGUACAAAAUUAUUUUCUUUUUUAUAAUAGAAAUAAACGAAUUAUUUUUUAAGUAAAAAA